CCUACACAAAACAAAAACCCCCCUUUCUCCCCUCUGCUCUGUUCUGUAUAUAAGAAAACCAGAGGACCUCCUUCCUCCUUCCAUUCACAGGACAGGGCAACCCCCUCCAUUUUUACUUACUUAAAAUUACCCCAAAAAACUCCCUCCUUUUCCACCCCACUGCAAUUUCCCCAAUACCCACCAAUUCAUAUUAUUGAAUACAUUGGUGAUGAUGGAGGCUACAGGUCGUCGUGGUACAAAGUACAGAAGCCAGCAGGUGGCGCCAGUUUUGUCCUCCUCCACCUCCCUCAUUGUCAUUACCAUCUUCUUCUUCUUCUUCUCCUCCUCUCUGUUUCUCGCCACAGCCGAGUCCUCGUCACCACACCACAGCAGCAUCAGCGACAACAACAACCACCUCGACGAUGUUCGGUACAAUGUGACGAGGCUGAAAGGGAGGAAGCAGACCAGCGGCGGCUGCAAUUUGUUCCAGGGGAGAUGGGUCGCCGACAGCUCCUACCCUCUGUACGACUCGGCGGCCUGCCCUUUUGUGGACGACGAGUUUGAUUGCCAGAAGUUCGGCCGCCCUGAUACCCAGUACCUCAAGUACUCUUGGCAGCCCGACUCCUGCAACCUGCCCAGGUUCGAUGGCGGGGAUUUCCUGGAGAGGUGGAGGGGGAAGAAGCUGAUGUUCGUGGGUGACUCGCUGAGCCUCAACAUGUGGGAAUCGCUGUCUUGCAUGAUUCAUGCCUCGCUGCCUAAUGCGAGGACCAAAUACGUCAGGGGGACGCUCGCUUAUGUCAAUUUUGUGGAUUACGGGGUGACACUGUACAUGUACCGGACGCCGUACUUGGUGGACAUAAUCCAAGAAAAUGUCGGAAGGGUACUGACGUUGGAUUCCAUUAGAGCAGGGAAUGCAUGGAAAGGGAUGGACGUGCUCGUCUUCAACUCCUGGCAUUGGUGGACUCACACCGGCGCCAAAUCUCAAGGGUGGGACUACAUCAGAGACGGAUCGUCGCUAUCCAAAGACAUGAACAGGCUAGAUGCAUUCAACAAAGGUUUGAAUACAUGGGCUAGAUGGGUGGACAACAAUGUCGACCCUGCCAAGACCAAGGUCUUCUUCCAAGGGAUCUCCCCCACCCAUUAUCAAGGCCAGGAGUGGAAUCAACCAAAGAGGACUUGUAGUGGAGAAGCAGAGCCCUUAUCCGGGUCAAUUUAUCCCGCCGGUUCACCUCCAGCUGCUGCAAUUGUGAACAAAGUGUUGAUGACAAUGAAGAAACAAGUGUAUCUACUAGACAUAACGACUUUGUCGCAGUUGAGGAAAGAUGCUCACCCUGCUGCUUAUGGUGGUGGUGGAGGCACAGAUUGCAGCCACUGGUGCUUGCCUGGACUGCCUGAUACCUGGAACCAGCUCCUUUAUGCAGCUCUCAUCAUGUGAUCAUAAACACAACAGUAGAACUUAGUCUUCUCCUAAUAGUUUUUGGUUUGCCUUCAUCAUUCAUCUCUCCACCGUCGCAUAUCCCUCGUAUUAAGCAUACGGGGUUGCGUCAAUAAGGAGUAUAGUUUGAUUUGCAAAGUGAUUGGUUUCCUAAAGACAAUAAUUUGUCAAUAGAUAGGUAAUGAUUGAAAAGUGCUGAUAACAUCUGUAAUCACAUAAGUGAUAAUGGUUAGAAGUGAGAAUUGAAAGUCUGUAAAAGAUGAUGUUUGGUUGUAAUGUGUCAUAUACCUUGCCUGAAGGCCACAGGGAGACUGCAGUAAGCUCUAAUAAGUUUGUCCCAAAGUGUUAUAUAAUAGCAAUGCAUUCUCAAUAACAUUCUUCUCAGCUACCAAUUCGUCAAAUUGACUACCAUUAGUAGAUAAUAGAAGACUAAAGGUUCCAAUUCAGCAGUCCUAAUGUAGUUCUUAAGAAACUAAAUUAAUGGGUCAUCUAACGAGAGAACCAAUAUAAUCAUAGUGCAUAGAAAAAUCGUUAAAACUGAUGAAACCGUCAAGAGAGAAUACAGCACAUAAGAAUACAAGCAGGAACAGACUACAGAUGGUCCAAGCUAGUCUUCGGAAAAGCUGAUAGAAGUUGGGGUAUUUUACAAGAAAACUAAACCAGGUCAACAACAAGAGGAUGCUAACCUCGAAGAAACCUUGGAAAGGGAAAGGAAAAACUAGUAGCCAACAUAAACAGCAGCAUUCACAAUGUAGCAGUCAUCAUUCUUAUCACCCAUUUCUUCUACAUGUACACCACUUGAGCAUAUCAGUCCACCAUCAACGACUUCAACACUCACAAUCUUCCCACUGCAAUUUUAAACAAGGGAAAACUUAUAAGAAUAACAAAAGCAGGAAUACUCUCUAUACCCUCUUGACUACUCAUAUAGCUCGAUCAUUAAACCCAAGUUAUCAGGGCAGCACAAAGUUCCUCGAGAAAGCUCAAACAAGUUCAGCUCUAAUCUCCUGAUAUAAAAUCAAGCAUGGUGU